AUGGGAACGACUGCGUUGACAGCUUCUCCUUAUCACACUAACAACGAAAAUGGAUUCGCGAUUGCCCCGCACGGAGCAGUGCCGCGGUCGGGAGGCGCGAAUGGCUGUCAUACCAGCCGCCACAGCGCUCUAAGCCCCAGCAAUGACGAGAGCAUGAACCUCCUAAACGUGAGCAGCAACGGCCACCUCAAAGACCGAUACAGUCGCGGGGUUGGUGGAAGCGUGGGCGGCGGCGGCGGCGGCGUGGGCUACUCCAGUAACGGGCCCUACACAAAUUUCCUCCCUCACGCCGCAAGCGGUGGCAAUGGCAACGGUGCGUACGCGCCUGUGCCCUUCCUGCAACCGCAAGUGUACAUGAGCAAGAACACCGGUGGCAGACCCGGCGAAGUGGUGUCAUACAGCGCCUCUCCUCCCAUGUCUGGCUACCCCAUGGAGAUGGUGAGCGGGUACAACAUGCCGCCGUCACAGCAGCAUCAGCGUGUCAACAUGUUAAACACGAUCCCCAACCUCAGCGCUUCCAGGCCUGACCACAACAACAGUCACUCAUGCCUUGGAAGCAGCCCAGCCCAUGGCAUGAUAGGCUGGCCAACACUGCAGCCUAGCAACGCACAGAUACCGCCGCCUCCUGCGCCAAGUCACAUGAGCGGCACAUCGCAAGGCCCGCAGCAGCAGCAAGAGGUCAUAGGAAGCCUAUCCGGCUUCGCGUACGCGUCAGCAUCAUCGCCAAUGGCGUAUAACCAGGUGCCACCCACCUGUCAAGCCGCUUCUCACAAUACCAACCCUGCUGUUGCAGGCACGUUCGCCUCAGCCUCAUCCACACACUCGCCGCGGAUAUCAAGCGAGCAGGUGAAAAUUUCGCCGCUCAGGGCUGACGUGGCCACGGCAUCGCAAUCGCUCCUUCAAAGCGUCAGCAACAAUGGCGCUCAGCUCGGCCUGACUACGGAUGCCGCCAAUAAUGCAGCAGUCAUUGGGUCUCUGGUAGACGCCAAAACGCCUUGGGUGAGCAAGAACAGUGAGGGGGCGAAGUCUGUGCCUUCCAGCACUCCGCAGGGCAUGAGCACGUCGGCACUGCCCGCAGCGGCUGCGCCAUUCCCGCACGGCUGCGUUGGCAUGAAUCGUAACCAUGUCGGCGCCGCAGGAGACCGUCUCGUGGCUAGCCCGCGCAACGGGUCGGCAAUGCAGCAGGCGGCUCGAAGCGGCAGCGACCCGCACGCUACCAAGGCUGCGGAUGAAAGCGAAACCGCUGACGAGGCAACAACACCGAAGACGGCUAUGCUACGGAGCGUGAUGCCGUGGUCGCUACAGGGUGCAGCAGAGUGGGCGAGCAGUGAUGACGCGAAGAAGGCGUCUGUUGGAGGUAAUAGCGACUACGCUCUUAGCCGUGGAACCACAGGCAAAGAGGAGGAGCUUGGCGCUAGCCACGUUUCCCAACUGAUCGCAUACCGAGACAUGUUUGUCGCCGACCCUGCCAAUCAACUACUACAGUCCGCGCCGUCGAAGAACGCGGACAUGUCUAUCGUGAACAUGCUACUUGCUGAUCCGCAGCAGAGCGACGCCGCGAUGACGUCGGUGGUUAGUACGGGGCAGCUGGCCCUCCCUACUACGACAGAGCUUCCCAAACCCGCCCCAAUGCUGCCCGCCCAACCCGGCGGUGUCUUUCCUAUGUAUGUCCUUCAGUUGCCAACACACACACCGCAGCAACAGCAGCAGCAACCUCAGUCUCAGCCGCAGCUCCCCACGACCUCGCCGCCACAGGCGGCGGCACUGUCUCCGGACAACCCACUCUACUACACUAUGGCCAACGGCGUGCCUCUCCUUCUGCAGCCAGCGGCGGUGUCUGGCGGGAUAGCGAUUGCCUACCCGAAUGGCCAACCGUUCCCGCACGGCGGCGAUGGUGUAAUACCGUAUCCGACUCUCUGUCAGCCGUCACCGCCACAGCAGCCGAUGCAGCAGCAGCAGCAGUCAAUCCCCAUGAUACCGCACAGUCAAGCUAUGAUGAACACGCCUGGCCUCGGUGGAAUACCGGUGGCACAGUUCUUAGCGCAGGCAAGCACCAGCUGGGGCAACCAGUACCACUUUCUCUCCAACAGCCCCGGCAGCCUUCCUAGCUCCUUCGCCAGCGGUUUCACCCCGGCGUAUAACAGUAGCAACCUGUUCCAGCCCGAUAACACCUUCUCGCAGUAA